AUGUCUCUCUAUAGCUCUCAUUUGACUGUUUAUCUCUCUCUCUUUUUUUUUUUUUUAUUUGUCUCUUUCUUUCAUUAUUUUUCUUUUGUCUCUCUGUUUCUCCUUUUGUCUCUCUCUGUUUCUCCUUUUGUCUCUCUCUGUUUCUCUCUAUUUCUCUUCUUCUCUAUUUCUUUUUGCUUCUCUCUUUUUCUUUCAUUUCUUUUACUUUUCAUUUUCUCUUUCCUUCUCCUUUCCUCUUUCCUUCUCCUUUCCUCUUUCCUUCUCUCUCUAUUUCUCUUUCCUUCUCUCUCUAUUUCUCUUUCCUUCUCUCUCUAUUUCUCUUUCCUUCUCUCUCUAUUUCUCUUUCUUUCUCUAUUUCUCUUUCUUUCUCUAUUUCUUUCUGUUUCUGUUAUAAGAGAGAGAGAAAUUGAAAAACAAAAGAUAUUUCUUUUAUUUUUCAAUUUCUCUCUCUCUCUCUCUCUCUCUCUCAGUAUUUUCCCAUCAUUUUUCACUUUUCCAUUCCUCUUUCUCUCAUUCUUCUCUCUCUUCAAAUCUUUCUAUCCAUGUCUCUCUUUUACUUUAUACAAUCUUUUCAUGUCUGGAUGUUUCUGA